AUGCUCUGUAGUACGCUGCCAGGAUCAAGAACGAAAACAAGGGUGUGACCAAGAGCAUAAAAUGUUUCCUCUUCAUAUUUUGUGGAAGAUAAAGUUGAAAAUUUUGCUUUUCAUUCUUUACUAAAGGCUCCAAUUAAUAGCAUCAAACGUGUAUGAACGUUUUGGUAGUACUUGAAGUGUAAAGUACAGCUAUAAUAAGUGAUAAAAGGACAAUUAACCGUGCCCAUGAUAUGUACCACAGAAAAAAAUCUCAAGUGAAAGAUGGCUUAAAUCGAGUGGGCGCUCCUCGCUGGUGGAUGAGAUAUUUCCCUUCCCGUCAUCAGACGCCCUAGUCUUACCCGCUCUGUUACUUUUGUCCUUUGGUUGCAGAAGUAUUGAUGAUUGUGGAAGGGAAUGAGUCUGCUGCAAAAUUAUAUCAGCCCGCUGUAGGAUCGACAAUUGUAAAACAGCGAGGCAGAGUGACAGAUCUGGCCCGUUUGCAUAAUUGAAGACAGGAUAAUUGUGUGCAAAGUUGAAUCACCGACUGGUGGAAAUAGUACCAAGUGAUAUUUAGCAUCGUGUGUAAACUGCUGAUACCAUGCAGGGUUCUUCUCCUCCAAUAAUGGGAUAUCCCGAAGAUGAUGAUCAAUAUAAAGUUCCGUUGAUCGCAAAACUGUUACACGCACUACCUCACUACAACAUUACUUUCCAUCGUAUCAACAACACAUUUCGCCCCUCGAAUGAUGUUUAUUUAGAGAGCUUGGGUAUACUAGGAUCGAUACCAGCCGCACUGUUGAUUAUAUCUCUUUUUGGGCUUCUAUUAUAUCUACUAACUCGAUGCUGUGACCGUAAACCACGACCAGCACAUUCAAUCACCAGUCUAAAAGUCACGCUCUCGAUAGUAACUGUUCUGUGCUGUGCGGCCAUAGGAUUAGGUUUAUAUGGCAAUGACGAUCUACACAAUGGGUUAUUGGAAGUGCUACAGGCAGGGCGCAAAGUUGACAAUGUCGUUUCGUCCGUUCGAAACCAAACAUUCAUACUGGAAAAUACCCUAACUAUGAAAAUACAACAACAGCUUACAGAGCUGGAAGAUAUUUUCGACGGAAAAGCCAACAACCUUACUGCUUUAACCCAACUCCAAAUGGCACUAGCAAUUACCAAAGGAAACGUAACAGUUGCAAAAAAUGCAGCUAAUGAUAUUCGUCGACCACUGGUUGGGUUGACUAUUACGGACUUCCUAUCAAAAGGAGACCAGUGGGAGCUUAUUCGGUGGCCUGGAACAGUUGCAAUCUUAGCUCUUCUUCUAGUAUUGUGCGCCGUAUUGUUGGUCGGAGUGGCUCGCCAUUCAAGGUGUGCGUUGAUUCUGUUUAGUGUUUGCGGCCUACUCGCAGUAACUGGGUCGUGGCUCAUGUCAGGUCUAUAUUUGUCAACGUCAGUUGCCGUGGGAGAUUUGUGCAAUGAUCCAGCGGAUUUCCUUGUACAUCAAGCACCCAACGAGCUACCCUCUGAUAUUCUGUUAUAUUACACACAAUGUGAUGUGGCACGUUCUAACCCAUUCACACAGCGGUUGCGAGAAUCACAAAAUGCGAUCAACAACGCACGAAACGCUAUGAGCGUUGUCUCGAAGAUAUCUCCAGUUUUGUUUAAAAACGCUGGUCUUGGACCAAAACUUGGAUCUGUCAACGCUGAUAUUAAACUGUGUGAGCGAAUCCUUACUGGACUUACGGCUCUUGUAGACUGCAAAGCAGUCCAUUACAGUUAUCUCAACGCAACACGAGGCCUCUGUGAGGGUGGACUACUCGGACUCGUACUUAUGCUUAUCGCUAGCUUCAUGGCAGCAAUUUUACUGACAGUAAUGGUUUGGGUUGACUCACAUACUUGGAUUUAUAUCAGAAAAAGAAAUGAUUACGCUCAAGUCGAAGAGCAAUCAUACGUAUCAGCGCAUCAACUUCAUCCACAAAACCAGCAAAAUAAUACUACCCGAGUACUGCCACAUCAUCAUAAGGGUCCUCCUGUAAUCAGUGGCUCACAUACUAUGGCGCAUCCGGCGCGAAAUGCAAAGCAUGAAUUGACACCGCAACAACAAGCUCACAUGCAGCAUCAUCAUCAAGCUAUGAUGCGACCGGGAGGAACUCAUACCCUCGGAAGACUGCCAUCUCAUAACAACAGUCCCACUCAUAUGCAUGGUCCAAACAACGGCAAAUAUGCCACACUGAGCAAGCACUGCAAGACACUAGAUGCAAAUGAUUUUUACUGA